AUGAUGCAGCCCGAUAGACACGGUCCCCACAUUAUCAGCAGCCUUACCAAGGAUGCUAUAGAGGUCGACCGCGACAGCAGUCUGUACUUCGUGUGCUUUCCGGAAGGUUUCAAGCCGCCGCCGCUGCCGCCACCGCGGCCGAUCGGCAGAGACGACGUCGGCGGAAGAGCAGGAGCGGAAUCGUUUUGCGGGACCGACGAGUUCGUGUACCAGCAUUUUUUCGCCGAUUUCGGGCCCCUCCACCUCGGGCAUGUGUGGGCUUUCUGCAGGAAGCUUGGGGCUCUGGAGCGGCAACAAGGGCAGCAGCACGAGAAGAGGGAUGGUGAUCGUUGUGAGGAGAAGAAGAAGCCGGUGUACGUGUAUUCGAGCGAUCACCCGCAUCGACGGUCGAACGCCGUGGUGCUUGUUGUGGCCUACGCGGUGCUAUGCUUGGGGAAGACAGUAGAGGACGCCUACACCCCGUUUCUCGGGGUGCAGCCACCUCUCAUCCCGUACCGGGACGCUUCGUUCGGCAUCUGCACCUACCACCUCGAGGUGCUCGACUGCGCCCGCGCCCUUGCCCACGCCGCGUCGCUGGGUCACUUCGACUUGGGCACGUUCAAUGCUGACCAAUACGCCUUCUACGACAAGAUCGAGAAUGGGGACUUGAAUUGGAUAAUCCCGGGGAAGUUCGUGGCUUUCAGUGGGCCUCUCGCGACCCGGCGAGAGGUGGAACCCGGGAAAUGGACGCUGCUCGCCGAGGACUACGUUCCCAUAUUCCGCAAGCUAGGGAUUACCUGUGUCGUUCGUUUCAACAAGAGGUGCUACGACAGGCGACGUUUCACGGAGGGGGGCAUCAGGCAUGUCGACCUCUUCUACGUCGACGGGGGCAACCCGUCCGAAGAAAUCCUCCAGAGAUUCCUCAAGAUCUGCGAGACUACGAAGGCGAGUGACUCUACCUACGGGGCAAUCGCCGUCCACUGCAAGGCUGGGCUCGGCAGAACCGGAACCAAUAUCGCCCUGUACAUGAUGAAGCACUACGGCUACACCGCCGCGGAGUCCAUCGCGCUGUGCCGUAUUUGUCGCCCGGGGUCCAUCGUCGGGCCUCAACAGCAGUUCCUCCACGAUCUCGAGCACCGCAUGAAGAAGGAAGGAGAUGAAUUCCGCCUUCGACGUCGAAGCGGCGGUCAGGGCCGGGGUGCCAGCGUGGAAGCGGCCGGUGGCGUCGGCAGCCCCAGCGGUGCCGCAACAACGGGGGUGUCCCCGCCCCUGUCGCACCCCGGCAGCAGCCACCGUACCGAGCGCCGACUUCCCAACCGGCGGCACCAGCGGUACUCGCGGGAAGACUCCGGCGCGAGUGGCGCUGGUCAAGGCGGGGAGAGGCCAUUAACGUCCGUUCCCACCGGCCGCAGGCCGACCACAUCCCCGCUGCUCAUGCGGCGGCACAGCACGACGUACAGCGGCGGCGGCGGCGGCGGCGGCGGCGGUAGUCGAUAUGCGACGGGUCCCCUGGGAUCAGGUCGGCGGAAUGUAGGGAGGCGAUGGGACACGGUGGAGGAAGGCCUGGAGAUUCGCGGCGGCGGUGGCGGUGGCGGUGUGUGGGGGGGGGUCCGGAGUAUCAAUGGCGGUGAGAGAAGGGGAAGGGGUCGUGGAAGACGAGCAGAAGGUCUCCAGCGCCCCCGGAGGGGGAGCUCGCCCUCGGUAAGCAUGCACAACGGGGGGGGAGUGAGCGCGGGCGGGGGAGCAGACGUCGGGGACUUGAUGGGAUCCCUUCGGCUUGAUGGCGUCAACGGAGCUGCAGCCGGCGGCGGCGGCGGCGGCGGCGGAGGUAGCACAGAUCGGGCGGCGGCCGUAGGUGCUUCUACCACUCGAGGGAAGCUGGCGCCGCUGGCUGCAUCGUCUGUCAGGCCCACCACCAGCGCCUCGGCGGUCAGAAAUGGAAGGAGGCUUUCAGCCCCCGCCCUGCGGCCGGAGGAACUGACACGAGCAGGCGUUGCCGGCACCGCCCCCGUUGCUACUACGACGUCGCCGUACGCUGGCAAGCCGGUGGCAGCGUCGGGCAGUGGCGGGUCGAGUAGAAGCAGCAGGAGUAGCGUCAGAGCCGCGGCAGCCCGGAGAGCAGUAGCGCCGGGCAAGGCGUCCUUGGCUUGGCAGCACCCCGUCGACAGGAACAGCAGCAUAGGGAGGGGUGAAAGGGAUGGGCAGCACGGCAACCACGCUACGGGAGGGGGGUCGUGGGAGGCGAACGACUCUCCUUUGCUUGGCGUGGAUGCUCGCGAGACACAUCGAUAG